AUGGCAGCUCCAGUCGAUACCCUCGCCGACCUACGAUGCUAUUGCAUCACGUUCUCACUAUCCUUAGAUCCCGUCUCUUGCGCUCUCCCACUCUCGAAGAAUCUCGACUGGCACUCCGCCCGUUCACUAGCAUCGGCCCAGAACCUCAAUCUCGAGUUCGCAAGCUCAGCCACUCUAUCCAGGGUUCUCCAAGUAGAAGCGCCACUCCCGACAAGCGCACUACUGCAGAUGAACGAAGUAGCGCCGACAGCGAGCGGCAGUAAGAUUGUGUGCGGGUUCGGAGACGAGGUCGAGAGGAGGUGGAUGAAGGGCUUUCGUGAGCACCUAAAUGCUCAUGAGAGUGACCGGUAUUUGAGCAAGGUGCUUGCCUUUUGGCUCCUGAUCAUCAUUCUCUAUGCGGCGGGCGAGUAUGUCUGGAUUAGAUACUUCGGCGGAGGACGCAUCAAGCUGGAGGGUAAAGAGAAGGAUCUAAUGGCAUACAAGGGGUUAGACGUCCCUCACUCGCCUUGCACGUCGGUGUCGGAGAACGGUCCCGCAUCCCCGGUACUGUCGGAAUAUCCCUGA